AGUGCCUUGUCAAAACGCCACUACAAAUACUGUUCUUUUUUGUUCCUAGCAGCCUUGACAACAAGAAACACGCCGCUCAGUUUUGUACUUUAGAGUCUAAAUUUUCAACAAAAAAAAAAAAACAGUUCAUGUGAAUUUGGCGUGGAGUCCAUGAGACCAUGACCCAUUCUACCGAUUCAUUUUCUUCUUUUGAGUGAAUUUGUUCCCAAAUCCCAACCCACCCCACCUCCAAAUCUCCAAUCCCCUCGCUCCCUAAAUCACGCUCGUCAACCGCGUCGGCCUCUCCAACCGCCGCCGCCUCCGCCGCCGUCGCCGUCGCCGUCGUCCCGUAGCUAAGUGGUGAUUUGGAGCAGCUCGGCGGAGGGGCAGAUUCCCGGGCAUGGCGACGGCGGCGAAGGCGUUCUGGAACAGCCCCGUCGGCCCCAGGACCACCCACUUCUGGGGUCCCGUCGCUAACUGGGGCUUCGUCCUCGCGGGCUUAGUUGACAUGAACAAGCCUCCUGAAAUGAUAUCCGGCAAUAUGACAGCAGCCAUGUGUGUGUAUUCUGGACUCUUUAUGAGGUUUGCGUGGAUGGUACAACCGCGGAACUACUUGCUUCUGGCUUGUCACGCCUCCAACGAAAGCGUUCAGUUAUAUCAGUUCUCACGCUGGGCGAGAGCUCAGGGGUACCUGGAGAAUAAAGAGCCAGAGGGCCAGCAGUGAAGAUGAAGUCUCUUGCUCAAUAAGAUGUACACACCUAGGUUUGAUACGAGAUUCUUCAAAGGAAAAAUGAGCGAUUGUUGGAAAGAAGGAUGAUAACUUUUGAAAAUCUGUUCUGAAGAUCUUGGAGAAAGGACACCAUGAAGCAUAGAAAAGAAUUGCAAC